AUGUGCAGACAACGAGAAAUACCGCACUCUCCAGCUCCUCAGAUCGAAAAGGGUCAAAUUCAUGGUGCUACACCUCCUCGGGGGGACCCAGUGACAAACGAAACCAAUGAAAGGGCGGAGGCGCCUCUCACCGGACAACUUCAACAUGAACAACCGGGAGUCUCUAAACCAGGCUUCACAAAAGAAUGGGUCAAGAACCUUCUUCAAGAGUUUGCAGACUCAACGGUUCACCCAUUAGAGGAGAAAAUGAAGAGAACCGUGAGCCUGGCACUCCGGUUCGCCAACAAGACAAGGCAUGAUCUCGUAAUGGCACGAGACCAGAUCGUAGGUAUCGAGGCUGAUUACCGAGACGAAACGGUCUUGCGCAACAAUUAUCUUCAACGAACCGAGGCCUUGGAAGAAGACACCUCAGGUCUAAAGGGUGACUUCGAUCGGCUUGAAAGAGAGACCGAACAAAGAUUAAGAGAGGUCACUGAGGAUCUAGUCGGCACGACACUCAGUAGGGUCUCAGAACUAGAAAAGAAGAAUGCGGGUCUUGAAGACCGCAACGACAAACUCGAGGCCGACCUCAAGGCGCUGACCGCACAAGUUGAUGAAUUACUCAAGGCCAAGAUGAAUGCGGACAGUGCGGUUGUGGAGGCAAAUGCCCGAGCGGCUCAGGAAGUCCAGGAUGCGCUGGACGAAGAAGCCAGAAGAGAAAAGGAGCCACCGCAACUUACCGAAGAAGAAAUUGUCGAGCGAGAACGAAGGACAAGGGCUAAGUUUCCGGGACUUGUAGAGUCCGUAGCCGCUCAGCAACGACAAGAUGCAGAGCGGCUAAAUUCACAAAAACAAGGGCUCGAAGAAUUCGCAACCGCUCACAAGAAGAAGAAAACGGCGGCUCCUCCCUCUUCGGUUCCGGCAAAGCGGAAAAGGAAACCAUCAAAGAAGGAUCAAGUAGCCGGGCUGAUGGAAUCACUCACUGAAACGGUUAUUGAAAGUCAACCGGAUCAGGCUACUCACACCGAAGAAGAAGAUGAAGUACAUCUGACGGAGCGCUCUACAAGACAACGAGUCUCCGAAUCGGCCAGACAACCGCAACCGGUUAAGAAAAAGCGGACCAAGGAUAUAAUGGCCAGCUUCAACUUCUCCGACUCAGACUAG